AUGCACGUAUGCGGCGGCGACGGUUGUGCUCGGGGCCACUACUUCGGGCGCGGCCUCCUCGCCGGGGCAACGCAUGCACAGGCGCCAGAACCUUCGCUUAUUGACGCGCAGCGCUUGCAGCUGGAGCUAGUGCUUGCGGCAAUCACCAUCAUGGUCUUCGUCGCCAGUGUGUCGUACAUCGCACUCAGCACCAUCUUCAGCUGCUUCUACACCGGCAGGUCCCAACAACAACCCGGCAACAGUGAGAUGUGGUCGCAGGCGCAGCGGUCGGUGCCUGCUGUUGUCGAGGAAACCAAGCGCGCGCUCGAGGAGAUCCCCGUGGUCAUGGUGCAGGUCACGCGGGACUCUAAUAGCGGCAGCGGUGGUGUCGGUGCCGUCGAGGACGACGAUGAGCCAAGGGAAUGCGCGGUGUGUUUGGCGGAGUAUGCGGGCGGGGAGGAGGUGCGCGUGCUGCCCACGUGCCGCCAUGGUUUCCACCGCGAGUGCGUUGACCGCUGGCUGCUCACGCGUGCGCCCACUUGCCCUGUCUGCCGUGCCCUCAUCACGCCGCACGCCGAGGGUCCCGACGCCAAGGUCUAG